AUCUUGCGCACUGUAAUAAUUCCUACAUUAAAUAUAACUUCCAUUAAUAAUGACAGUGAUCUAAUUUCACUAAUGUCACACGUCGAUUAAAAUAAGUCCGUGUGCUUUCGCGAUUUUCUUGAGGUUAAGAUUAAGAAAGCAGCACACGGAGGAAGUAAAUUGUGAACAUUUGAAUAUCUUCGUCAGCCAAUAAAUUUGAUUUAACUGACUUUUAUACACCGGAUAUAAUUCUGAUGAAAGAUGUUACGAAUACUGGAAAAACAGAUCCUACGGAGUGUAUGCAGCAGACGAUUAAAUACAUGGUCGCCCCUUGCCACAGCGUUUAAUUCUGCUCUGACCCAUGAGAAGCAUUCAGUAAAUGUAUUGGAGAAAGAAACGGGACUGUUUGGUAUUCUGGAAUUAAAAGAUGAGGAUGGCUUCACUAUAUUGAAAAGACGUGCGAUGGCAAAGGUAGAUGUGCUCAUCAAAGAAGCCACGAGUAAGAACAGAAAUAGAAAGAUGGUGGAAAUAUUUGAUGAGUUAUCUGAUACACUGUGUAAAGUAGCAGACAUGGCAGAAUUCAUAAGGAUUGCGCAUCCAAAUCGAGAAUACGUUCGAGCUGCUGAGGAUGCUUGUAUAACUAUCAGUGGUGUAGUCGAAAAGUUGAAUACACAUCGUGAGUUAUAUGAUUCGUUGAAGCAAGUGGCAAGUAACGGUGAUAUUCAAGCGACGGCCGACAUAGACAAUCACGUAGCUAAAUUAUUUCUGUUCGACUUUGAGCAAUGUGGUAUACACUUGCCAGAGCGACAAAGGAGGAGGGUAGUCGAGCUAAACGAUUAUAUCCUGCAAGUAGGUCAAAGGUUUAUGGCUGGUGCUGUUAGCCCGAGACUGGUCGACGCCAAUUUGUUACCUGAUUUUAUCAGGCAGUAUUUUGUGACGGAGAACGGUCAAAUAUUAGUGCAAGGAUUUUAUACAGACUCUUCGAAUACCGCGGUUCGCGAGGCGGCGUACAAGUUGUUUCUAUACCCCGAUAAGGAGCAAGAGUAUCUGCUGUACGAGCUCUUGAAUUCCAGACACCUGCUCGCGGAAUCUUGCGGAUUCGCGUCGUACGCGCACAGAGCUGUAAAGGGAAGUACGGUCGAAUCGCCAGUCGUGGUGAGAGAGUUUCUCGAUAUACUAAACGACAAUUUGCGGUCCAAAGCGUCAGCAGACUUUCAAGAAAUGCAAAAGAUGAAGAAUGCCGAGUCGUAUGCAAAACAAGAUCUGAUGCCAUGGGAUACCGCUUACUUUACUGCAAAAGCCAAGAAGAACUGGCUAAACACUUCUACUGCCGAGUUCGCUCCGUACUUCUCCCUCGGUACUUGCAUGGAGGGUUUAAACAUCCUCACGCAAUCCUUGUACGGUGUCAAGCUCGAAUCUGUCCCGGUGUUGUCCGGAGAGAUCUGGGCGAGUAAUGUUCACAAAUUAGCUGUGAUAGACGAGGAACAGGGUAUCUUAGGUCACAUCUAUUGCGACUUCUACGAAAGAGCCAACAAGCCGAAUCAAGAUUGCCAUUUUACGAUUCGAGGUGGAAAACAGCUGCCGGAUGGUUCCUAUCAGAGUCCUAUAGUUGUACUUAUGCUGUCCCUGCCGUACCCACGUUGGUCAAAUCCGUGUUUGUUGAGCCCAUCAUCCGUGGACAAUCUGUUCCACGAAAUGGGACACGCGUUGCACUCCAUGCUCGGUCGAACCAAGUAUCAGCAUGUAACUGGUACCAGGUGUAGUACGGAUUUCGCGGAAGUGCCGAGCGUGCUAAUGGAAUACUUCGCGAGUGAUCCUAGGGUCGUGUCGAAAUUCGCGAAACACUUUCAAACUCAGGAACCGAUGCCAGAAAAUUUACUGCGCAAGCUGUGCGCUUCCAAGAACAUUUUCUGUGCCUCCGAAUUGCAAAAUCAAGUAUUUUAUAGUAUGCUGGAUCAAGUGUAUCACGACGGUAAAUUGGCAAAAUCCACCACCGAGGUUCUAGCGGAUGUACAGAAAGGAUAUUAUGGGCUUCCGUAUGUGGAAAAUACAGCAUGGCAAUUAAGAUUCUCCCAUCUGGUCGGAUACGGCGCGAAGUACUACUCUUAUCUGAUAUCUCGUGCAAUAGCCGCGCAGAUCUGGCAAACAUAUUUCUACAACGAUCCUUUCUGUCAGUCAGCUGGUGAUCAUUAUCGGAAGGAGUGCUUGGCACACGGAGGAGGCAAGCCAGCGUCGCAGUUAGUGUCAGAUUUCUUAGGUAAAGAAGCCAAUGCCGCGACAUUUGCAAAAUCAUUGAUCAACGAAAUUGAUAUGAAGAAUCUACACGUGCAAAUGAUAAAGUGA